CGGCCUUGAUACGUCUCUGACUACGUUUCCCAGGGGACUCCUCGGCAAGACUGUAUUUCUCGCGGGAAUUCAGCAUCCAAGUCACGCGCUGGCGGGACCCUGAGGGCUUUACCAGCAACUACCCCAGUGCUGGGGAGGAUUCUGCUGCUUCGGAAGCUCGUAAGGCCGGAGCUCUACUCUUCUCCAAAAGAAGAGCCAAGAGAAGGUCCUUUUCUACAAAUAUCAGAGCCAUGGCUCAGGAGUCAGUGAUGUUCAGUGAUGUGUCCAUAGACUUCUCUCAGGAGGAGUGGGAGUGCCUGAAUGAUGAUCAGAGAGAUUUAUACAGAGAUGUGAUGUUGGAGAAUUACAGCAACCUGGUUUCAAUGGCAGGGCAUUCUAUUUCUAAACCAAAUGUGAUCUCCUACUUGGAGCAAGGGAAGGAGCCCUGGUUGGUUGACAGAGAGCUAACAAGAGGCCAGUGGCCAGUCCUGGAAUCAAGAUGUGAGACCAAGAAAUUAUUUCUGAAGAAAGAAAUUUAUGAAAUAGAAUCAACCCAGUGGGAAAUAAUGGAAAAACUCACAAGACAUGAUUUUCAGUGCUCUAGUUUCAGAGAUGAUUGGGAUUGUAAUAUCCAGUUUGAGAAACAGCUCGGCUCUCAGGGGGGACAUUUCAGUCAAUUGGUAUUCACUCAUGAAGAUCUGCCCACUUUGAGUCAGCAUCCAUCCUUUACAUUACAGCAAAUCAUUAAUAGUAAAAAGAAAUUCUGUGCAUCUAAAGAAUAUAGGAAAACCUUUAGACAUGGCUCACAAUUUGCUACACAUGAGAUAAUUCAUACCAUUGAGAAGCCCUAUGAAUGUAAGGAAUGUGGAAAGUCCUUUAGACAUCCCUCAAGACUCGCUCAUCAUCAGAAAAUUCAUACUGGCAAGAAACCCUUUGAAUGUAAGGAAUGUGGAAAAACCUUUAUUUGUGGCUCAGACCUUACGCGACAUCACAGAAUUCACACUGGUGAGAAACCCUAUGAAUGUAAGGAAUGUGGGAAGGCCUUUAGUAGUGGUUCCAACUUCACUCGACAUCAGAGAAUUCACACGGGUGAGAAGCCUUAUGAAUGCAAAGAAUGCGGGAAGGCCUUUAGUAGUGGCUCAAACUUUACUCAACAUCAGAGAAUUCAUACUGGGGAAAAACCGUAUGAAUGUAAGGAAUGUGGCAAUGCCUUUAGUCAGAGCUCACAACUUAUUAAACAUCAAAGAAUCCAUACAGGUGAGAAACCUUAUGAAUGUAAGGAAUGUGAAAAGGCUUUUCGUUCUGGCUCAGACCUUACUAGACAUCAGAGAAUUCAUACUGGUGAGAAACCCUAUGAAUGUAAGAUAUGUGGGAAGGCUUAUUCUCAGAGUUCACAGCUUAUUAGUCAUCAUAGAAUUCAUACUAGUGAGAAACCCUAUGAAUAUAGGGAAUGUGGAAAGAACUUUAAUUAUAACCCACAACUUAUUCAGCAUCAAAAUUUGUACUGGUGAUGAGCCAGAAUAUAUGAAAUGUGUAGAGAGGCUUUUAAUUAUGGCUCAAAACAGAAUUUAUCUUGUUAAUAAUUUCCCUAGAUGGAAUAAUGUAGAAACAUUGUAUUUGUGGACUAUAGCUUAUUCAGCCUGGAAAAAAUAAUGUUGGAGAAACACCCUAUGAUAGAAUAUAUUUUGAAAACCUUAACCAAAUGCUCACUUCUCUUGACAUCAGAUAAUUCAGUCUGUCGUACUGAAAAUGACAGCACUUUUAACACCUUUCUAACCCUCUUAAACAUCAGAGAAUUUUUGUAGAAAUGUAGUCCUGUGGUUUUCAUUUUUUCCUGUAAUUUGUCUAACUUACAUUCUUAAAAAUACUUUUAGUAUCUGGGAGAAGUGACCUCUUUAUUUUUGAAGAUGGCUUAUUCUUUUCAUUCUUUAUAACAUUAAGGCUUUCUUGGCCGGGCGCGGUGGCUCAAGCCUGUAAUCCCAGCACUUUGGGAGGCCGAGAUGGGCGGAUCACGAGGUCAGGGGUUCGAGACCAUCCUGGCUAAUACGGUGAAACCCCGUCUCUACUAAAAAAUACAAAAAACUAGCUGGGCGAGGUGGCGGGCGCCUGUAGUCCCGGCUACUCGGGAGGCUGAGGCAGGAGAAUGGCGUAAAAACCCGGGAGGCAGAGCUUGCAGUGAGCUGAGAUCCGGCCACUGCACUCCAGCCUGGGCGACACAGCGAGACUCCGUCUCAAAAAAAAAAAAAGGCUUUCUUACUGUAAAAAUGUUCAUGAACAACAUUUUACUUAAUAGAGAUCCUUCAAUAUCUUCAUGGUGUUUCAUUGUGUUACUGUAAUAUCGCUUAUGAAAUCCUAUUGGUGGAUAUCAUGGUCUCCUCUAGAUAUUUUGCCAUAAUACAUGCCAAAAUACAAGUCCCUGAUGGACAUUCUCCCUAAGCACAUAUUCGUAUCAUAUCUUUUAACUGCAGAAAUAAUGUGUGAAUAUAUUUUCCUUAUAAAAGAUGCAAGCAUUACAAAAAGGCAAAUGUACCCUUUGACCAUUGUCUUGUGUCCAUUCCCUUCCCAAAGUAUAGUCUUUAUCAGUUUAUUGUUUAUUGCUGAUCAUUUUUCUGUUUAUAUAUACAUGCGUGUCUCAGUAAAAAUUAGAAAAUGGGGGAUAAUUAUAAUACCUACCUCAUAAUGCUUUGUGAGGGUUAAAUUAAGACCCAUAAAGUGCUUAGCAUUGUGCCUGACAUGAUAAAUGCAUACUCACUGAAUGUUAGUCAUCAUUAUUAUAUUCAUCGUCAUCAGUAUUAUUAUUUGUAGAAAGGCUUUUUAACUUCUGCAGAACUUAGUCACCAUUAGGCAGGGUAAUUGACUGAAGAAAGACCCUUUUUGAAGGUAACAAGUUAAGAAAAUUUCCCAUCAUCAUGUACUUCCUAUUGAACAUGGAAUAAUCCUAGCUAUUGGUGGGGAAAGUACUGUGAAUAAUGUGUGUGAAGGACUUUAUUCCAGAAUACUCUUUUUGCCACAUUAUAUACCCAGUAUAAAAGAAAAGAGAACAUAAACAAAAUAUUGGUGCACUGAGGAAAAAAAGUAUGAAAAGAGAAAUAGCAUCAUAUUUAAAAAAUGGACAGAGAUAGAAACAUAGUUACAGAUUUAAAAGGUUAUGUUAAAUAUAAUGCUUUUUUCUGAUAUGUUUGAAAAUUUAAACAAAAUGAUUUUUAAGGCAAGUAUACAUCAAUAUUGACUCCAAGAAAAUUAGGACUCUUAGAAGACUCUCAUAAACACAGAGAAUGGGAAAAAUGAGUAUGUGAUCAAUUAACUAUUACUAAUGAAGCACGAAAUCCAGUUUCUUUCUAAGGAAAACUUUAUCAAAUGUUCAAGGAACUAUUUCAGUUAUAUAGAAGUACAUGUCUUGGCUCAUGCCUGUAAUCCCAACACUUUGGGAGGCUUAGGUGUUAGGAUUAUUUGAGGCCAGGAGUUUGAGACCAUCCUGGCCAACAUGUUGAAACCCCAUUUUUAGUAAAAAAUACAAAACUUAGCCAGGUGUGGUGGCACAUGCCUGUAAUCCCAGCUACUGGGGAGGCUGAGGCAGGAGAAUCACUUGAACGCAGGAGGCAGAGGUUGCAGUGAGCCAAGAUCACGCCACCGCACUUCAGCCUGAGACAGAUUGAGACUGUGUCUCAAAAAAAAAAAAUGUCCACAGUGUAGCUUUGUUUGGGGUUAAGUUAGUGUUUUGAAAUGGGCCUUCCCUGUGCUCAAAGCAUGCUUAGCAAGCAGCUCCCCACACUGGACAGAUCGCAUGUGUGGAAGGAUGAAGUUUAUGUCUGUAGAACUGUCAUUUUAUGCCCCACUUCCUUUUUUCUUAGAUCCUGUGUAGACGGGUCUCUCUGAACGUUGUGUUACUUUACUGGCAUAAGGAAGUAAAAUAUUUCAUAAUAAAUUUGAGAAAGGUAGAGUGAGUAAAAAUAUCUGCAAAUGAGAGAAUUACUAAAAAUGGACUGUUGUAAUAUUUUGCAUUAUCAAAAUGAGAAUUGCCCAAUGAAAUUUUUUUUACUUUCUUUUCUUGUGUGCUUAUAAGUCUUUAAAGUUCCUCAUCUAAAAUUAGAGAUAGUGCAUUUGCACCCAAAUUAAUGAAGCAAUACCAUUAAAGAAAAAGAAAAGGGACUGGGUGCGGUGGCUCACGCCUGUAAUCCCAGCACUUUGAGAAGCCAAGACAGGUGGAUCACGAGGUCAAGAGUUCAAGACCAGCUUGGCCAAUAUGGUGAAACCCCAUCUCUACUAAAAAUACAAAAAUUAGCUGGGCGUGGUGGUACAUGCCUGUAGUCCCAGCUGCUCGGGAGGCUGAUGCAGGAGAAUUGCUUGAACCCGGGAGGCGGAGGAUGCAGUGAGCCGAGAUCCUGACUGCACUCCAGCCUGGGCAACAGAGUCUCAAAAAAAUCUGUCUCAAAAAAAAAAAAAAAGAAAAAAUGAUUAUCUUUGCUCUUCUCCAUUCCUCAUUCCCUUCCCUCUGUCCAUUUUCUUCUGAAUAAUGUUUAAAGGUUGUGUAUAUUACCCAUAUAUAUCUUCAUGCUAAAACAUUAACACACAGUUAUUUAUUUUAUUAUGUUUUUACAGAAAAAUGGAUAACUAUACAUUUCCCUGAAAUUUGCUUUUUUACAUUCAGCUGUACAUCUUGGAUUUUCCUUCAAUAGAUGAUGAUCUAACAGUCUUUCUGAUGGUUGCAGUAUGUUCCACAGUAUUCUUUACCAAUGCCUUUUCAACCACUUUCCCAAUUGUGAUAUUAUGGACUGUUUGCGCUUUUUUGCCAUCUAAAAGUAAUGCUGCAAUAAACACUUUUGUAUUCUCUGUUUUA